AUGGUCGAUGAGCCAUUGGGUGGACUCAACUAUGAUGAUCUCCUCCCAGCUGGACUUCCACUCCCGACGAUCAUCUCUGCUAGUUGCGCACGGCGACAACCGUGUGGCGUCACCAUGAGCAAAGGAAUCGAGAUAACCUUUGAAUUCAACUCUCCUCCUCAAUCAUCAAUACCGCCUCGCCAGAGCUAUGAGUUCCUGAUUGCAACUGAUUCCCAAGUGUUAUCCAAUUCUUCGGAUUACUACAAAUCUCUGCGUGGCGCCCUGUCUCAAGCAAAGGCGCGGACCGGAGAGGAUUUGACAAAAUAUCGGGAUCUGGCUGCGGAAUUCGAGAAGCAUAAAAUCGUGGAGGUUAAGACAUCCUCCGAUGAUGAGGAUGAAGACACUGAGGAAUGA